AUGACAGCGCUAGACGAGUGGAGGAGUGGGGAUCCGAAUAUAUGUUUCGCGCAAUACUUAGCAUCAAGCCGAGGUGAUGUCAGGGUCCUCAACUGCGACAACGAAGUCAUCCUCAAGGCUGGAAGCAGAGUUCGUCCCUCUAAGGAAAUCGUCAUGCGCCUUGUGAAAGAUCACACUCAUAUCCCAGUUCCGGAGAUCGUCCUUGCCGCCUACUCUGAACGAUACAACAAAGAAGCGCGUAUGUUUGUGGAAGAAUUGGCAGAAAUUGGUGGAUAUGAGAAGCCCCGAAGAAAUAUGACCUGA